AUGAACAACGUCGUCACUUUGGUUCCCUCUGAUCAAAUCAUUGUGGCCUACUCAGAUGGUGAGAUCACCGCCAGACAGAUUUCUCAUGCUUUGUUCUAUGCCAAUUCUCGCUUGUUGGCCAUGCGCCUUUAUGUUGACAAGAGCUUUGCCACCGCCAUGCCCGGUUAUGCAGAAACUUUUUACACCCUCAUGCAGUGGGAAAUGGAGACUUUUGUAACUCCAUUCAUCAACAUAUCCUUCCUGACCAGGUGCUCCGCUACCAUUCCAAAACUUCUCCAUGAUGUGAUUGCAAUUUUGGUUGUGAAUAAAUUGGUGGACCGGCAACUGGAUGUGAAUGAGGUCCUCAUGGAUAUAAAAGCAUUGCCUCUUUCUGUCAAUUCCGCCACAUCAGAUGAAUAUGACAUUGCUCGUAUGUCAGACUACUUCAAUGCCUGGUGGAAGGAGAACCUGGGCUCUUGCAGGGUGCUGGACAUGUUGCCAAAAUCAUCUGUCCAAGAUGUGAUGGAGUUGGUUGAGGGCCAUUUUUCAGAACUCCCAGAUCAUGUGGAAACCGACCUCCUCCCGUAUAUGCUCACACAUGGCCCGAUGACAGUGAAUCCGUACGGUCAAGCCCAAUCUGACGUCUGGAAGCCUUCAGUAGAUAUGUUAUACCCAUACUGGGCAUUAUACCAGACCUACCUUGCCGGUGAAUUGGUUUAUGACACCUUCAUGUCCAAAAUUCAUCGACAACCGGUAAAGCCAAUGAGUGUUGGACUUUUAGAUGUCGACACUUGUAUUGCUUUGGAGCAGCUUGCCAAUGUCCUGGCCGUUGCUUACUUCAAUCCUGUCUGUAUCCUUGCGUCAAUCACACCAAUCGCAACAAUAUACCUUGAAGAUCUGACCUCAAUGGGCCCUCAAAAGAAGGCAAGUGUCCUUGCCGAUGUUCGAUCAAAUGCUAAAACAAUUUUAGCUCUAUGGCAGCGCUAA